AUGAAAGAUAAGAUUACAGUCGCUAUUAAACAAUUGACACCGGAAUUAAUUGAGUGCACGGAGCGAUGCCGUGAGUCGUUCAUAGACGGCUUCCCGACCCGACAAUUCUGCUGCGAUGUUUGUGACCCGCACCUUAAAACUAGGACGGCACAGGAAGCCCUGAGAAGUCCGUCAGCUGCGGAACAACGCCCGCCGAUCGAGCGAAACUGUUUUAAUGUUGUGGUCGCCCAGUUCACUACAUUAUCCUUAUAA